AUGAUCAAAGCAGACUUGGGAAAUCUAAGGAUCCAUUUAGGAACUCUUUCGCUAGAGGUGAAGAAUAUAAUGGAGAUACGCGAUGAGUUAAAAAGCAAAUUGAAGGAAGUAGGCAGUGUGAUUCCAAAAAUGUCAGAAGCUAUUCUCAAUCUCAGGAAUGAAGUGUCCGAGGAGAUGAGUCUGCACACGAAGAACUUGCUAAAGGCUUUGUCACCGGAAACCGUUAAAAAUAUGAUGAGAAACGAAUUGCAAACAUACGAUGCAGACAAGACUGGAAGAACAGAUUACGCUCUUGAAAGUUCAGAAAACGCGCAUCUCCUCGGCGCAUCGUCGUUACGCAGAUUUUUAACUACAGGCGGUUCGAUUCUUUCGACACGAAACACCGAAUCUUAUUCAACCGGCGCACCUGUGCUCAAUCUGUUCGGCAUACCGCUUUGUCAGCAGCAAAACACACCCCGAGCCGUAAUACAGACCGGCGUUUUGCCGGGCGAAUGUUGGGCUUUUAAGGGCAGCAGCGGCAGCGUGGUAAUCCGAUUACUCAGCUUUGUGCACAUAUCCGGAAUCAGUCUCGAACACAUCUCCUCGUCGAUAUCCCCGACUGGAGAAACCACUACCGCGCCUAGAGAUUUUUCCAUUUGGGGUUUGACGGAUCUUGAGGAUAAGAAACCUUUCUUAUUUGGCAAAUUUACAUACGACAAUACUGGUCCACCGUUGCAAUAUUUCGAGAUCCAAAAUCAAGCAGCAGACGCAUACGAGAUAAUAGAAUUGACAGUCCAAUCUAACAGUGGUAAUCCGGAGUACACGUGUAUCUACAGAAUACGAGUACACGGUACGCUUAGUCGAAUAUAAAUAUGCACAGCAGGUACUGAGAAAUGUAAUUUUUUCAAAUAUAUUUGGACUAAUUACAUAACGUAAUUAAUUAUUGUACAAUCAAAUAUAAUUCAACAAGGAAUAUAAUUUGACCGAGUUUACAGUGGAUAUUGUCGUAAUAAUUUACAAAUUCUCAUGUGAAAUGUAGGUUGCCGCUUGUCGUAGGAAAAGAUUCGCUAUUGCGAUAAUAUAAUAUUGA